UUGAGAAUACACGACCAGCUUCCCGUCUUUAAUCUUCUCCGUUCUUGCUUCCACAUUCUCGUCAUUGCACUCGAGUCCGUUGUCGAAUUACUCUACACACCAAUCGACGGUCGUCACAACGCCCAUGAUGAACAGAGCUCUCCUCCGGAGAUCCUGGCUCCGACCAGGACUCCUCGGCGCACCACACGCUCCACUCAGCGCAACAACAGCAGCAGCAGCAGCAGUAGUACCGCGCUUCACACCCACCCACACCACAACUCGACCCUUCAUCUCUUAUCCGUCUCACCAAUCCGAACAACCCCCCUCCACCACCCCCACGCCACCCCCCGAAAUCGCCUUCCCCAAAGACCCUGAGCUCGCGACCACCGACCCAGAAACCACCACCACCACACCAGAAACCCAAGAACACAUCCCGUGGUACCUCCGAGACGCCCCCGACCAGCACCCAUCCGCGCCACGAGAACUCCUCCGCGAGCAAAUCCCGUCCCUCCCGCCCAACCCGCCCGCCUUACUGUCUGCACUCCUCGAAUACACCUUCAAGGACCUGGGUCUCGAUGAGCUGAAACUGUUGGAUUUGCGCGGCCUGGACACGCCCCCCGCGCUGGGCGCCAACGUGAUCAUGCUCGUCGGCACCGCGCGCAGCGUCAAGCAUCUGAAUGUCUCAGCGGAUCGCCUCUGUCGGUGGUUGCGAAGCACCUAUAAGCUCUCGCCGUUUGCGGAUGGGUUGCUAGGGCGGAACGAGCUGAAGAUCAAGUUACGGCGGAAGGCGAAGCGCGCGCGGCUGGCGAGUAAGUCCGGGACGAUUGUCGAUGAGAAGGAUGACGGGAUUACGACGGGGUGGAUUUGUGUGAAUGCGGGGAUCGUGGAGGAGGCGCCCCUGUCGGAAUUGAAGGCGGUUGAGGAGGCGGGGUUUGAGGUCGAGGGGUUCGGGCAUGAUGCGGGGUUGGGGACUAGAGUGGUGGUGCAGAUGUUUACGGAGGAGAAGAGGGCGGAGGUGGAUUUGGAGGGGCUGUGGGAGAAGAAUUUGGCCAGGGUGGAGAGGUUGCGUGUGAGGGAAGAGAAGGAGAGGGAGAGGGGGGUGGAUACUGGGGAGGAGUGGUUGUAAGUCAAAUAAGGGAACUGGUGUAUGAUUACGAAGUGUCAA